AUGUCUACUGCUAAACUCGCACCCAAGGACUUUAAGGCUGAUGCCGAAUUUGCCAAGGCCAUGCACGGAUCUGGUGAACGUGGUGGUUUCACGGCAGUUCUCUCUAAGAACCGUGAUGCUCAACAAGCUGCUGUUGAUGGUUACUUCAAGCACUGGGAUAACAAGGGUCCCAAGGAAGAGACUGAAGAGGACAAACAAGCUCGUCUGGACGAUUACUCUAGUUUAACCAAGCACUACUACAACUUGGUGACUGAUUUUUACGAGUAUGGAUGGGGUUCUUCUUUCCACUUUUCUAGAUACUACCCAGGUGAGGCUUUCAAGCAAGCUACUGCUCGUCACGAGCACUAUUUGGCCUUGAAAAUGGGCAUCAACGAGAACAUGAAGGUUCUUGAUGUUGGUUGUGGUGUCGGAGGUCCCGCUAGAGAGAUUCACCGUUUCACUGGUGCUGAAGUUGUUGGUUUGAAUAACAAUGAUUAUCAGAUUUCUCGUGGUAAUGCUUAUGCCAAGAAGUUUGGCCUUGAGAACAAGUUGUCUUUUGUCAAGGGUGAUUUCAUGCAAAUGGAUUUCCCCGACAACUCAUUCGAUGCUGUUUAUGCUAUUGAGGCCACUGUCCAUGCUCCUGAUUUGGCUGGUGUUUAUGGUGAGAUUUACCGUGUCUUGAAGCCUGGUGGAACUUUUGGUGUUUACGAGUGGGUUUUGACUGACAAUUAUGAUGAGAGCAACGCUCGUCACCGUGAGAUUGCCUACGGUAUUGAGAUUGGUGAUGGUAUUCCCAAGAUGUUCAAGUCCGAGGUCGCUGAGGCUGCUUUGAAGAAGGUCGGUUUCGAGAUUGUUCACCAACAAGACAUGGCUGAUGUCGGUGACAAGAUCCCUUGGUACUAUCCUUUGACUGGUGACUGGAAAUACAUCCAAACCUUGGGUGAUUUCUUCACCUUCUGCCGUACCUCCAAGUUUGGCCGUAUGUUUACCAUGGAGGCUACUGGCUUGUUAGAAAAGGUCGGUGUUGCCCCCAAGGGAUCUAAAAAGGUUACCAUUGCUCUCGAGGAGGCUGCUGUCCACCUGGUCAAUGGUGCUAAGGAGGGUCUUUUCACUCCCAUGAUGCUCUACGUCUGCAAGAAGGCAGAAUAA